CUCUAAUUUGUUUGACAACAUACGACUGCGACGAUGAGUGACUCGAAGCUAAGCGUCACCGUCGAGUUUGGGGGAGGCACGGAGCUGCUGACGGCGACGCCGAAGCAGAAGAAGCAUGUCGUCUCGCUCGCCUCUUCAUCGGAAAAGGCAGCUACCAUGUCGAACCUCCUCGGCCUCAUUCUCAAGGAUCUCAUCGUGGAGCGCCCUGAGAUGCUCGUCGAAGGUGACGGCAACGUACGACCAGGAAUCCUCGUGCUGAUCAAUGAUGCAGACUGGGAACUCGAGGGAGAAAUGGCAUACGAGGUGCAGGAUGGCGAUCACGUCUGCUUCAUCUCUACCUUGCACGGUGGAUAGCCUUUACGGAAGAGAAGGGCAAGCUGGAGCUAGGGCGGAGUAAUAAAACAUGUAUCGAUUUGAGGAGACAAGGAUGUUUGGCUCUUGUACAAUACAAAAUUGCAUUCGCAUGGCG